GGGGUUCUUGAAGGCUUGAAUAGCUUAAGAGGCGCUACACCGGGGUAACAUACUUUAAGAUUAAAAUGAGACGGUUCAACUCGUUAUUGGCGGCUGGCAAGCAGUCGCCUUUAAGGCUGCUAAAUGUAGUGGCGGUAAACUUAAAAAAAAUGUCCUCAAGUGCAAAAGAUGCGACCCUCAAAGAGAAGCAAAGCAAAAUCAUGGCCAGAGGACUUCCAAAGCAAAAGCCAAUUGACGGAGUUAAAGAAGUGGUGGUUAUAGCUUCUGGGAAAGGGGGUGUUGGAAAGUCAACAACUGCUGUGAAUGUAGCCCUUGCACUGGCAGCAAAUGAUUCAACAAAAGCAGUUGGUUUGCUUGAUGCAGAUGUAUAUGGGCCUUCCAUACCAAAAAUGAUGAACUUGAAAGGAAGUCCAGAAGUGACAUCAAAGAACUUAAUGCGACCGCUUGUGAAUUAUGGAAUUGCCUGUAUGUCUAUGGGUUUCUUGGUAGAAGAGACAGCACCAAUUGUGUGGAGAGGACUCAUGGUAAUGUCAGUUAUAGAGAAAUUAUUGAGACAGGUUGACUGGCACCAACUGGAUUAUCUGGUAAUUGACAUGCCUCCUGGGACAGGAGAUGUACAACUGUCAAUCUCGCAGAAUAUCCCAAUUGCAGGAGCCGUGAUUGUGUCCACGCCUCAAGAUAUAGCUUUAUUGGAUGCACGCAGAGGAACUGAGAUGUUCAGAAAAGUAAACGUGCCAGUUUUAGGGCUUGUUCAAAACAUGAGCGUUUUCCAGUGCCCAAAAUGCAAACAUGAAACCCAUAUUUUUGGAGCUGAUGGCGUGCAGAACCUAGCCACCAAUCUUGGUCUGGAUGUUUUAGGUGACAUUCCACUACAUGUUCACAUAAGAGAGACAUCUGAUGCUGGCAAACCUAUUGUGGUUUUACAACCCCAGAGCAAUGUGACUCAAGCCUAUUUGAAGAUUGCUGCUGAAAUAGUGAAAAGACUGCCACUUUCUCCAACUUAAAGCCAACAUUUUGAAGAUCUGUGACCGGACUUUAACCAGCUGUGGUGUGGCAUAGGAUGUAACACAAGAAAUAUUGUUAAAUUAUGGAACCGAUCCUGUCUUGCAUUUUAUGAAUAAAACAGAGAUUGUAUAUCACGGAAAGCAUUGCAGUUGAAUAUAUUAUUGUCAGUCCCUAGCUGCAUCCAGUUUAGUAAUCAAAGUACCAUCUUGCUGUAUAUAUAUUGAAUAUUUGUGGUGGACUUUCCAUAUCCUCUAACAGCAAGAAGAGCUAAAUCUGUGGAACUUAAGAUCUUCAGUGCAUCCUUCAGUAGUCCUGUUACUAAAUGGGAAGGUCUGUUCGGAUAUAAAAUUGCUGCAGCUUUUUACCAUCUUCUAGAGGUACACUGCCAAAUAUUAAAAUGCACCACCACAUAUAAGCUGUUGUUCAUUUCUGACUACAUAUAAGCAGUUUUAUUUCUGACUUGCGUUUGCAUUCAAGGGAAAAACAUGAGGUUAGAUCCAGAAUCUACUGCCUUCAGAUAGAAGGGUUCCUUCCAUCUCCAGGAAACUUCUGAUCAAGCAGAGGAAACCCCAUUGGAAGAAUGGAGAAGGUGAUCCCCUAUG